AUGAGCGCAGCAGACCGCUCUUCAGCUAGACUGCCAGGCAGCAGCCACAUCAGCUGGAAGAGUCCUUCGCCUCACCAUCAAGCUGCCGGGACUCCGGCACCUUAUCCAGCCCAGAGCACCACCUUUGCGGUCGAUGGGUCAGCUUAUGGCAGUGGCAGCAUGACGCCCGGAGGCCCUUCACCGCAGAUGUCGCUUCUCUCCCAAGCAAUGCAGCAGCACAUGGCACAGCAGCAGCAGCAGCAGCAACAGCACCCGCAGCAGCACCCGCAAAUUGGCCAGAUGCAAGGUCCCCCGGCGAUCCCGUCUCACCACAUCGGCAGUCCCCAGUCGGCGCACGCUGCACAGUCGUGGGCCGAGGCAUCUGCAUCGACUUCGAUCCCCAGCGAUGGUCGUCUCGCCGGGUUACACGGGCCAGGCUCGUUUGGCUUCCAGGGAGCCCAGAACGGCGCCUUCGGAUCAAGCCCGGGCUCGUUCACCCACCCCGCCAGCUUUCAGCACCCUUCCACCAUGCAGCAUCACUUUUCGGGCAACACGCCAGGGAGCGCCCACAGCCGGCGGCCGAGCGGGCACAGCACUGCGCCCCACUCGACCGUGGCGAGCGCCGGCCCUUCGCGGGCGCCAUCGCCGAGCAACUCGCAGGCGCGCCACCAUUCGAAUGCCGCCUUUGCCGGAGCGCACACGCAGGGAUCCGCCGUCAAUGUACCUUCGGGUCUGCAUCGCGCGCUGCAUCAACAUGCACAGGUCCAGCCGCUGUCUUCCGGCUCCCUCGGCAGUCCUGGGUACGAUGGCGAAGGCGCGGCGCUAGGAUCCCAAUCCUUUGGGCCGGGACUGUCGACGUCGCAGUCGACGAUGCAGCCAGGCAGCUGGGCGCCGCAGUCGUUCACCUCGGCGCCGCAGCAACAGCCCUACGGCGCCUCGUUUGGCCAGGUCAUCUCGUCCCACCAACAGCCUCAGAUGGGACAGCAGCAGGCCUCGGGUCCCUACGGGCAGUUCAGCGAGUAUCGCCAGCCUGCGGAGCUCGAAGCGCUGCUCUCGCCGGAAGCGGCCCCGGUCGAGUUCAAUGGCUUCUUUGGCCACGACGCAGCGUCGACGCAGCCAACGCAACCCACUUCAGGUCGAGGCCCCGUGCCCUCGGCCCGGCCUGGCGGCCAGGAACCACGACGCAGCUACAAUGGUGGAGCCCCAGGCCGUACCCUUAACCGCGGCCGUCAGGGUACCGACUUCUCCGACGAGUUUGGCAGCGGCGGUGGCGCCAGUUCGCUCGGCGGCAGCCUCACCAUGAGCCGUCGCGGCUCGGCGGGGGCCGAGGAUGCCGAUGCCGACGAGAUUGCGGAUCCAGAGGAGAUGUCGAAGAAGGAUCCGCUCGCGACGCAAGUCUGGCGCAUGUACGCCAAGCAGCGCUCUCAGCUGCCCAACGGCGCUCGCAUGGAGAACAUCACGUGGCGGAUGAUGGCCAUGACGCUGCGGAAGAAGCGCGAGCAGGAGGCGGCCGAGGCCCGAGCGGAACAGGAGACGCGAAUCAAGUCCGAGUCUGGCAGCCAGGGAGAGCUGAGCGCUCGGCACUCGCCACUGGCGCCCUCGCGCUCCCUGGCCAGCUCGCGCAGGAGCAGCGGCUCCAACCUCGUGCCCGAGACCGGCUUCGAAGGAUCGGGAACAGACAGCGCCAUCGGACCCAACGGCGCUGCGAUCCUGCGCGGCCAGCUUCAAGGCUUCACGAGCAUCCACCCGGGCCCCGACCACGGCGAUGCCCGGGCCGGCGCCAACAAGGGCAAGGCUCGUUUCGCCGAGGUGAUCGUGCAGGAGGAGGAGGAGCGCGGACGGCGCGGCAGGAGCCCGCGGACGCCGGAGCAGAGCACCCCCAACAGCGCCCAGGAGAUCCAAGACUGGCGGAUGAAGAGCAAGAGCCGGUCGAGGAGCCGGUCGGUCAGCGCCAUGGACGUCGACUGGCGCGGCGUCAGCCGGUCCAGGUCGCGUCCGCCGCAGCGGCUCGAUACGAUCGCCGACGAGGGCCCCGAUCCAAGCCUGCUCAGUCGUUCGGCGCCCGACUUCAACGCCUUCAACUUUGCCGAGAUGGCGGGGCUCGACGACGACUUCUCGGCGCUCGACGAAGUCGACCUGGGCAGCCUGCUCAAGUUUGAGCCCGGCUCCGCGGGCUCGAUGCCCUUCGACUCGAUGAUGCAGGGCCUGCAGGUGCCGCCGGGUCCGUCAGGCCAGCGGAGGACGCCCAGCACGGCGAGGAGAGCGCAGAUGCAGAGCGCCUUCAAGUCGGCAGCGCAUGCCGACCUCUUUGGCGGCGCCUGGCAGGAUGACGGGGCCGAGGCAGAGCUCGGAGGCAAGAAGUCGAGCUACGAGAUGGCGUCGAUUGGCGCGGCCAACGCCUUUGGCGCGCCGUUCUCGAAUCUGGACAGCAUCCCGGGCAUCGGCGACUUUGUCGGUCACGCCGCCAAUCAGCAUCCCGAGUAUGGUUUCCUGCCGCGGCUGGUGAGGAAGACGAGCUUCGACCACAAGGUGCGCGAGCGCAGCCAGUCGCGAGGGCCACGGCGCGAGGGGCGCGGGGCCGGCGGCAUCGACGCCUUCAACAACCGGAAGCGGCCCUUCCGCGAUGAGCCGUCGCCGGCGCGACCGCAGAUGCACAUCCCGACGACCAUCGACCAGCGGAUCGCCGCAGGACUCUCGCGCAACCUGCCGUCGUUCGCAUCGCAGGGCGGCGCCUCGUUCCUCCACGCCGUGCCGUCGACGACCUUCGACUUCUCCUUCCCUACGUCGAGCUCGGCAUCGGCUUCGUUCUCUGCGGCGGCGGCAGGCUCGGGCAAGGCCGCAGGCAGCCAGCAACAACAGCAGCAGCAGCAGCAGCAGCAGAUUCAUGGUGCUGCCUCCGACUUCGACAACCUGCUCGAGGCGCUGACGUCGCAGGCCAACAGCCCGCUGCAGAGCCCUGGCACUUACCUGAGCAGCGGCCAGGCGUCAGCAUCGCCGCAGGCCGCGCUCACCAUCCCGCCGGCAACACCUGCCGUCGAGUUCCGCAGCGACCAACAGCGGCCGCAAGAUCCGCACCAGCAUCGCCAGGCCCAACAGCAGCAGCAGCAAGCCGGAAACGGCGUCGGUGGCCAGUCGGACCUCGAGGCGAUCAUGAACAUGUUCUACAGCUCCGAUGCCGGCCUGCCGCAGCAGCAGCCCUCGUUCACCCACGUCAACCCGAACCAGGUCUUUGCCGGGGCCGCGACGGGUCCCGAUGCGAUGGCGGCCUCGCUGGGUGGGCUGACGGCCUCGGGAGACGACAACUCGUCGUGGGCCUACAGCCCGACGAGCAGCGCCCCCUCGGCUGCGCCAACUCCGCCAGGUGUUCAGCACGCCUCGUACCAGUCGUCUCCGCUGGCCAGCAACGGUUCGCAGAGGCGCGAGUCUCCCCUCGACCAGCCGGGGCCGGCGGCCAUUGCACCUCGGCUCAACGUGCAGCAGCUGCAGAAGAAGGCCACGCUCAACGACAGCAAGGGCAAACAGGGACCCUCCGCGCCGCCGUCCGGGCCUCCGAAAGCGUCCGGGCCAAAGGGCAAGUCGGACGAGGUAGGAUUGUCGAUGGUUUCCAGCGGUGCACGGCCGAGCAAACCAGCUGCGGCUGGGUCAGCAGGCAAGGAUCUGCCGUCGUCGGCGUCGAUGGCGACUGCCGAUCCGCCGACGGUCUGCUCCAACUGCCAGACGACCAAGACGCCGCUGUGGCGUCGCGAUCCCGAAGGUCUGCCGCUCUGCAACGCGUGUGGCCUCUUCCUCAAGCUGCACGGCGUUGUGCGUCCGCUGUCGCUCAAAAAGGACGUGAUCAAGAAGCGCAACCGGGCCAAUGGGGCAGCGCGUGCACGCAACGGCCUGGCGGGCUCGAGCAGCAGCGGCGGCGGCGGUGGUGGAAGUGGAGCAGGAGCAGAGCAGGGCCAUGGACCGGGUGUGCAGAGGAUCGCGAGCGCCGCAAGCGCUCCAGGGCCGCACCGGGCCAAGGGCGGCGCCUCGGGCUCGGUGGCGGGUAUCCGUACGGGCAACGUGCCCAUCGCGCCGGCUCCCAUGCCGCCGGCGUCGUCGCCCAACAGCGGGCCGGGCGGCAUCGGAAACUCCAAGGUUGAGAUCAAGCGGCAGCGGAAAUAG